AUGGGCGGAGGCCAGGGGCUGCAUCCCACGCAUGCAGGGGGCCUCCAUAGCCCCUCGCCCCUCGUCCCUGCCCCGACGGUCACUCCUGCAGGGGCUCGCAGCAUGGGUGAGGACCGACAAAGCCCUCCCAGGAUGGACCCCUUUGAGGACACGCUGCGGCGGCUGCGGGAGGCCUUUGGCGCGGGGCGCACGCGGCCAGCCGAGUUCCGGACUGAGCAGCUGCAGGCCCUGAGCCGCUUCCUGCAGGACAACAAGAAGCUCCUGCAGGACGCGCUGGCCCAGGACCUGCACAAGUCGGCCUUUGAGUCAGAGGUGUCCGAGAUUGGCAUCACCCUGAGUGAGAUCCGCCUAGCCCUCAGCAAGCUGCGGACCUGGAUGAAGGACGAGCAGGUGCCCAGGAACCUGGCCACACAGCUGGAUUCCGCCUUCAUCCGGAAGGAGCCCUACGGCCUGGUGCUCAUCCUCGCCCCCUGGAACUACCCCCUGAACCUCAUGCUGGUGCCCCUGGUGGGGGCCAUCGCGGCAGGGAACUGCGUGGUGCUGAAGCCCUCAGAGGUGAGCUCCAGCAUUGAGAAGGUCCUGGCUGAGGUGCUGCCACGCUACCUGGACCAGAGCUGCUUCGCCGUGGUGCUGGGCGGGCCCGAGGAGACAGGGCGGCUGCUGGAACACAGAUUCGACUAUAUCUUCUUCACGGGGAACCCCCAUGUGGGCAAGAUUGUCAUGACAGCUGCUGCCAAGCACCUGACCCCCGUCACCCUGGAGUUGGGGGGCAAGAACCCCUGCUACGUGGACGACAACUGUGACCCCCAGACCGUGGCCAACCGUGUGACUUGGUUCCGCUACUUCAACACCGGCCAGACCUGCGUGGCCCCGGACUACGUCCUGUGCACCCCCGAGACGCGGGAGCGCCUGCUGCCCGCCCUGCAGAGCGCCAUCACCCGUUUCUAUGGUGAAGACCCCUGCACCUCCCCCAACCUGGGCCGCAUCAUCAACCAGAAGCACUUCCAGCGGCUCCAGGCCCUGCUGCGCUGUGGCCGCGUGGCCAUCGGUGGGCAGAGCGACGAGAGCCAGCGCUACAUCGCGCCCACGGUGCUGGUGGACGUGCAGGAGGCGGAGCCGGUGAUGCAGGAAGAGAUCUUUGGGCCCAUCCUGCCCAUCAUGACCGUGGGCAGCCUGGACGAGGCCAUCGCCUUCAUCAACCGCCGCGAGAAGCCGCUGGCCCUGUAUGCCUUCUCCAACAACAACCAGGUGGUCAAGCAGGUGCUGGCACGGACCAGCAGCGGGGGCUUCUGUGGCAACGACGGCUUUAUGCACAUGACCCUGGGCAGCCUGCCUUUCGGAGGAGUGGGGACGAGCGGGAUGGGCAGCUAUCACGGCAGGUUCUCCUUCGACACCUUCUCCCACCGCCGCGCCUGCCUGCUGCGCAGCUCGGGCCUGGAGAAGCUCAACGAGCUCCGCUACCCGCCGUACUCGGCGCGCCGUCUGCGGCUGCUGCUGAUGGCCAUGGAGGAGCGCCGCUGCCCAUGCACGCUGCUCUGAGCGCAGGGCGGCCCCGGCCACCUGCCCGCGCCCCCGGCCUCAGCUCCCCCAUCUGUGCCAUGGAUGCCUUCCGAGUCUGCGAUGGCGAUUAAAGCAGGGCGCGGAGGCCCCGACUUUUCCCGG